AUGCUGAACAACACGCCGCGAGCUCAACUGGAUACAUUAUUCUUCAAUCGAGUGCCAAAGGUGGGCAGCGAGAAGCUGAUGGAGCUGCUAAAGCUGUUGGCCAAGCGCAACAAAUUCCAGGCGCGUCGCGAUCCCGAACAACUAUACGAAAAGAUACUCAUGGAUGCCGGCUUCGCACGCAAUCUAUUAAAAACUGAGAUACUCAAUUGCAGCACAGCCAAUUCGUAUACCAAGCACAUGGCCUUUCUGAACUUUACCACGUUCGGGCAGCCCUGGCCCAUCUAUGUGAAUCUGGUGCGGGAUCCCAUUGAGCGUCUGGUUAGCUGGUUCUAUUACGCUCGAGCGCCCUGGUAUCUGGCCGAUCGUGUGAAUGCCUUUGGCACUAAGUUCAAAAUGCCAACACUGCAGUGGCUCAAAAAGGACUUCAAUCGUUGCAUUCUCAGCCACGAUCCGGAGUGUGUCUACGAACAGCUGGAUAUGGGAAAUCUGGGCGAUCACAGGAGACAAACGCUGUUCUUCUGCGGCCAACAGACCAAACGCUGCAUGCCCUUUAACUCCCAGGCAGCCAUGCAGCAGGCCAAACGGAAUGUGGAGCAGCGUUACGCUGUGGUGGGCACCUGGGAGGAUACGAAUACAACUCUCCGUGUACUGGAGGCAUAUAUACCGCGCUAUUUCGCUGGCGCCAUGGAUGUGUACUAUGCCAUGCAGAACAAUAUGGAAAAUGUGAAUCGGAAUGCAUUCAGACCCGCAAUCAGCGAGCAGCUACAUGCUCACAAUGUGCACGCGCCCAGAAGCGGCGAGCGGAUGCAUGAGCUAGACAAUCAUCAUGUGGCACACACAUCUCACAAUCAUUUGCACAAGGCUGGUCACGACAGGCAGCUGGCGAUGCCAAGGAAUAUGCUCGAUGACGACGAUGUCGAUGAUGCUGUGGAUGAUGAAGAUGAUGACGAGCCUGGCUAUAAUAUGGCCGCGGAUGCGCUAAAUAAUACCAAGCAUGCGCAGGCGGACUUCGUCUUCUUCAAUCGGGUGCCCAAAGUGGGCAGCCAGUCGCUAAUGGAGCUAAUGCGACGCCUGGGCAAAAUCAAUGGCUUUGUGCAUGCACGCAAUCCGGGCAGCGUCAAGGAGACGGUCAUGAUGCCCAAGGAGGGCCAGAAGAAUCUGAUUGGUGAUCUAUUGACACGGCCCAAGCCGCACGUCUACAGCCAGCACAUAGCCUACAUCAAUUUCACCCGAUACCAUCUGCCGCGACCCAUCUACAUAAAUCUGGUGCGGGAUCCCAUCGAGCGUAUUAUUAGCUGGCAUUACUAUGUGCGCGCGCGCUGGUACUACAACGAUAUGAAGGCCAAGCUUGGCGAGAAUGCCAUCGAAAUGCCCUCGGAUGAGUUCCUCAACAUGGACUUGGAUACCUGCGUACGCAAGCAUGAUCCGCUGUGCACCUUUGAGCAAAUGCAGGUGAAAAAUCCCGCGGGUGAUCAUCGCAGGCAGACUCUGUUCUUCUGCGGCAUGAACAGGAAGCUGUGCAUGCCCUUCAACUCGGAAAUGGCCAUGCAGAAGGCCAAGCACACAGUGGAGGCGGAAUACGCCGUCGUGGGCACCUGGGAGGAUACGAAUAUCACCUUGACCGUGCUGGAGAACUAUAUACCACGUUACUUUCGCCACGCCAAGGUGGCCUAUUAUCUGGGCGAGGAGCGACUCUCCCGCAUCAAUCGCAACAACAUCACACGCAUCGUGAGCGACGAGACGCGCCAAAUACUGCGCAAGAAUCUGACCAAUGAAAUCGAGUUCUACGAGUUCUGUAAGCAGCGUCUCUAUCUGCAGUACGCAGCGCUGGGCAAAAAGUUUGGCGAGGAUGACUAUUUGCUGAUGCCCGAGCUGCGCGGCGAUGAUGCUAAAGAUGACUAUGACUUUCGCUUUUUGUUUCUGUGGCAGCUCCAGGCCUCUAAUCUGAACAACACUCAGUUGAGCAACAGCGAGCUGCUCUUCUUUAACCGUGUGCCCAGAACAGGUGGCAAGACGCUCGUCGAACUGCUCAGCCGUUUAGCGCAGCGCAACAAAUUUAUUCUCGAGCACACGCCGUUCUCUAGGCCCAUUGCCAAUCAUUUAAAUGCCAAGCAGCAAUCGGCUUUGCGCCAUUAUGUUUCAGAUCUGGCAGCCAGCGCGUCCCUUGCCUAUGUCGAGCCCGUUGGCUACGUUGAAUUUCGCGCCAAGCCCAUCUAUGUGAACUUGGUGCGUGACCCGGUUGAGAAGGUCAUCAGCUGGUUUUAUCACAAGCGUACGCCCUGGACAGCUGUGAGCAUGUAUAAAGCCAAAGGAACAUUUCAGAAGCGCGACUUCUACACGCAGAGCUUCGAGGAGUGUGUUUUGAGACGGGAUGCCGAGUGUCGCUAUGAUUCUGGGAUGGGAUUUCGAGGCGAUGUCGGUGAUCACAAGCGUCAGAGCUUGUUCUUCUGUGGACAUGCGCCGGCUUGCGAAGCUUUUAAUACGCCAGCGGCCAUAGCUCGCGCCAAGCGGCAUGUGGAACGGCACUUUGCUGUCGUCGGCUCUUGGGAGGAUGCUAACGUAACCCUCACCGUUCUGGAGCACUAUAUACCACGCUUCUUUAAGGGCGCCACUCAGCUGUACUUUGAUGCGAAACCUCUGCAUGACUGGUCCCAGCCCAAUCAUUGGAAGCCGCCAAUUAGUGAGCACAUCAAGAGCUUAGUACGAGCUAAUUUUACAUUCGAAUAUGAGUUCUAUUAUUUUUGUAAGCAGCGAUUAUAUCAGCAGUACUUGGCAAUAAAUCGUUAG